CGGAGAGAGUGAGGAGGCUGCGUCUGGCUCCCGCUCUCACAGCCAUUGCAGUACAUUGAGCUCCAUAGAGACAGCGCCGGGGCAAGCGAGAGCCGGACGGGCACUGGGCGACUCUGUGCCUCGCGGAGGAAAACCAACUAAACAUGGGCAAAGGAGAUCCUAAGAAGCCGAGAGGCAAAAUGUCCUCAUAUGCAUUCUUUGUGCAAACCUGCCGGGAGGAGCACAAGAAGAAGCACCCAGAUGCUUCUGUCAACUUCUCAGAGUUCUCCAAGAAGUGCUCAGAGAGGUGGAAGACUAUGUCUGCUAAAGAAAAGGGGAAAUUUGAAGAUAUGGCAAAGGCUGACAAGGCUCGUUAUGAAAGAGAAAUGAAAACCUACAUCCCUCCCAAAGGGGAGACCAAAAAGAAGUUCAAGGACCCCAAUGCACCCAAGAGGCCUCCUUCGGCCUUCUUCCUGUUCUGUUCUGAGUACCGCCCAAAAAUCAAAGGCGAGCAUCCUGGCUUAUCCAUUGGUGAUGUUGCAAAGAAACUAGGAGAGAUGUGGAACAACACUGCCGCGGAUGACAAGCAGCCCUACGAGAAGAAGGCUGCUAAGCUGAAGGAGAAGUAUGAAAAGGAUAUUGCUGCCUACAGAGCUAAAGGAAAACCUGAUGCAGCGAAAAAGGGGGUAGUCAAGGCUGAAAAGAGCAAGAAAAAGAAGGAAGAGGAAGAUGAUGAGGAGGAUGAAGAGGAUGAGGAAGAGGAGGAAGAAGAGGAAGACGAAGAUGAAGAAGAAGAUGAUGAUGAUGAAUAAGUUGGUUCUAGCGCAGUUUUUUUUCUUGUCUAUAAAGCAUUUAACCCCCCUGUACACAACUCACUCCUUUUAAAGAAAAAUUGAAAUGUAAGGCUGUGUAAGAUUUGUUUUUAAACUGUACAGUGUCUUUUUUUGUAUAGUUAACACACUACCGAAUGUGUCUUUAGAUAGCCCUGUCCUGGUGGUAUUUUCAAUAGCCACUAACCUUGCCUGGUACAGUCUGGGGGUUGUAAAUUGGCAUGGAAAUUUAAAGCAGGUUCUUGUUGGUGCACAGCACAAAUUAGUUAUAUAUGGGGACAGUAGUUUGGUUUUUGUUUUUCUUUUCUUUUGGUUUUAUUUUUGGUUUUUUUUCCAUCUUCAGUUGUCUCUGAUGCAGCUUAUACGAAGAUAAUUGUUGUUCUGUUAACUGAAUACCACUCUGUAAUUGCAAAAAAAAAUUGCGGCUGUUUUGUUGACAUUCUGAAUGCUUCUAAGUAAAUACAAUUUUUUUUAUUAGUAUUGUUGUCCUUUUCAUAGGUCUGAAAGUUGUCUUCUCGAGGGGAAGCUAGUCUUUUGCUUUUGCCCAUUUUGGGUCACAUGGAUUAUUACAGUGUGUAUCUUUUCAUGUAGUUAGUUGGAAAAAAGCUUUUGUCCACACACCCUGCAUAUUGUGGUAGGGGUAACCUUUUCAUCAUAGUUGAAGAAUCUCCAAAUACGUGAUUAGUUGGAUAAGAGAUUAUAUAACCUACUUGGCAAAGCAAGGAGUGAUCAAUUUUGUCACACCAUGGGAUUAUUAGAAUCAAGCAAUCUGAAAGUCUGUCCUUGAAGGACUAAUAGAAAAGUAUGUUCUAAUCCUUACAUGAGGACUCUCCUUUAACUGCCAUUACUAUGUAAUGACAGUUAUAUUUUGCAGUUUCCCCUACUAAAGACCUGAGAAUGUAUCCCCAAAAGCGUGAGCUUAAAAUACAAGACAGCCGUACUAUUGUUGACCUUAGUCCCAGCGAAGGCUAUCACGAGAACGCUGGCUAUAAUGCAUUUGCCCUACUAUCUAAAUACAGAUUGCUCAGGAAACUUGACUGUUUAAAGGUAUUUUUAAUUAGUUGAGCCAGCUUUUAAAAUUAUGCCACAUUUAAAAUGAAGGGUAUAUUUUCCUAUAUUGUGGUUUGUCCCUUUAUAAAUCAGAUACAAGGAAGAGGAUAAACUUUGCAUAUUAGUACCAGUUGUCCAAUCCAUUCGCUUUUUCUUUAUAAAAUCCAAACUCAUUCAUUAAUCAUGUUUAAUCUGCUUAGUUUAGGGAACAAUUUGGCAAUUUUGUGGGGUUUUUUUUUUGAGAUUAUCGUUCUCUUAAAGUGCCAGUGUUUUAAAAUAGCGUUCUUGUAAUUUUACACGCUUUUGUGAUGGAGUGCUGUUAUAUAAUUUUGACUUGGGUUCUUUACAUUUGCGUUUGUUAAUGUAAUUUUAGGAGGAAUACUGAACAUGAGUCCUGGAUGAUACUAAUAAACUAAUAAUUGCAGAGGUUUUAAAUAUA